GCUUGUUCGACGGACGUGGCGGAAAUGUUGCCUCAUUAUGUCAUGUGCGCCGUCUGAAAAUUUAAUCCGCAUCACCGAUUAAUUAUCAGUAAUAUACCAUUAAUAUUCGCUAUCGAGCCGUACGAAAUGUCGUUAAUCAGGACGUUGUGGAAGUGUACGUUCAGUCCACGGCUUUUCAAGAUUUACGAGGUAACGUGGAUCGGUCAUCUAGUUGAUAAGUCGUAUGAGCCCAAGAAUUUGGAACGUUGGGGCGAUCAAAUCGUCAUUUCCUUUGCUGCGAUAUGGUCCAUAAGUCUCUACGCCAUACCGCUUGUUGCCACAUUUAUAUACCAACGUAAUUAUUCCUUGACGGAUAACGCUGCUUAUUUGAGUAAAUUGGCAGCUGGUGCUGGUGCGAUUCUUAUCGCUUCGUUGGCUGCACGUGGUUACUCCCGCGUUAGCAAUCCAGCAUAUGUGAAAUUUGUACAAACAUUGGCCGAAGCCCAUUCGCAGUAUAAUGAAAAGACAAAGCAGGAGCUUCAUAAGUAUGAUUUUGAAUUUUGGGCUUGGCCUGUGGAUUUUGACGUAUCGAAAUUACAAAGCGAUAAAGACAAGCUGACCUUGGAGAAGAUUGGUAGGGCUAGUGGACGUCUGAGACAACAAAGUGGCAAAGAGUUUCUCUUUGCAAUACCAUGCAAAUUAUUUUCCUAUGUGGUGGCACAUACUUUGGCUAUUACAUUAAUUUAUCCUGGUAGCUUAUCCGUAAUAAAUUGGGCACUAGGCUCCACAUUACUGAAAGGUAGAAUGGACCUGAUAAAACAAGGCGGAGAAAGAUUCAAAUUGGUAACGUCUAAGAAAAAUCAAAUCGACGCGAUGUUUGUCGAUCGGCGCAACAAAAGCGCCAACGGCGGCAUACUAGUUGUAACCUGCGAAGGAAACUGUGGUUUCUAUGAGACGGGCGUUAUAUCCACUCCUUUGAACAAGGGCUAUUCAGUGUUGGGUUGGAAUCAUCCAGGUUUCGGUGACAGUACUGGCGCACCAUAUCCGGACCAAGAAGAAUGUGCCAUCGAUUGCAUAAUGCGCUUCGCGAUCGACCGUCUGAAAUUUCCCGAAACUCAAAUCAUUCUGUACGGUUGGAGCAUUGGAGGAUACACCGCUACUUGGGCCGCGAUGAACUAUCCCUCUGUACAAAGCUUGGUAUUAGAUGCUACAUUCGAUGAUGUGCUUCCAUUAGCCAUUAGAACGAUGUCCCCGUCCCUCGAAGGUUUAGUACGCAGUAUAAUCAGAGAUUAUUUCAACUUGAAUAUAGCAGAGCAAUUAAAUAGGUAUAACGGGACUGUAUUGUUAGUGAGAAGAACGGAGGACGAGGUAGUUUGUACACCUAGUAACACUUUAGCCGGAAAUCGCGGUAAUAUGUUACUGACGAAAUUGCUCCUAAGACGUUAUCCCCAUCUAUUUUCCGGUUCAGCCGAAUCCGCUGCACUUUUAACGAGAUUCUUAUCUGCCGAAGCUUCCGACAGAGCAUCUUUAUUGGAGACGUUGAAUGUGGAAGAAAAAGCUUGCCUAGAAUUAAUAGCAGCUGAUAUACACAAAAAUGACGGGGCGAUAAGUUAUCCAUCUACCUUAGGACAAGACUGUAAUACUAAGGCAAAAUUACAGCUGGUUCUUUUCCUUGUAACGAUGUAUAUGAAAGAUCAAUCGUCAUCACAUUGUGCCCAGUUAAUUGUUGAUCUCUUUCACCCAGGCUGGGAUCCAGCAUCCGCGAUUACUAUGAAAUAAGUUUCGUGAUACUUUAUUUUAUAAGUCACAGCAGCUUUCAAAGAGAUUCUUAUUUAUAUAAUACAGUAACAAAUUACGCGCGGACGAGAGCUGUAAUUAACUCUUUAUGGUCGGAUGGCAAGUUGGCUUCAAGAAAGCAUCUUUAUCGUUUCUGGUCGCCGCAUUUAACAGGCUCAAUUGUUAUAUACUAAAAUGCAAUGAGGAAUUUAUUAAAUGUACAAGCAGAUCAAUCUUUUACUACUGUA